AUGGGGUUCCCUGUAGACACGACUUUGUAUGCCUCGCGAGAUGGUUCGUGCAUCUGGGAUGAGGAUGCCGUGCGGUUGGAUCAGUUGAAGGUGGCGUUGAAGAACGUGGGAUUCUCGAAAAGACAUGUCGCGCAGAAGUGCCAGCUGGUUGCUGCUAUUCUCCAUCUGGGUAACCUGGAAUUCCAUACCGAUCGCUCUCGCAACGAAGACGCUGCUGUCGUGGGCAACACGGAUGUCCUCGAUAUCGUCGCAGAUUUCUUGGACGUGCAGCCGGAAGCUUUGGAGGCUGCGCUAUCGUACAGAACGAAGAUGGGGAAGAAGGAACUAUGUACAAUCUUCCUGGAUCCCGACGGUGCCUCUGAUAACCGAGACGAACUCGUGAAGCCGCUAUACUCCCUCCUGUUUGCAUGGUUGAACGAACACGUCAACCAACGCCUUUGCCACGACGACUUCAAUAUGUUCAUCGGACUGUUUGACUUACCCGGCCCCCAGAACAUGACUAGCCGGCCGAACUCCCUAGAUCAGUUCUGCGUCAACUUCGCUAACAAGCGGUGUUUCCCCCACAAUCACGCACAGCAUGUGGUCGAGCUCGCUGCCAGGCGCUACGUUGAGACGGUCGUUGUGCAAGGUCGCCCGGAGCGAGUUGUCGCAUAUGACGUCGCCUUCGUAGGAAUGGUCAUUCCUGGGGAUGAGCUUCGGAUGAAGACCAGGCACAGCGACAUACAGGAUGGCAACACUGUUGUCAAGGUCGAGACAUUCAAUGACAAGGGUUCCCAAGAGCAGGGUAUGGCUAUGGACUUCUAUAAGUCCGCUCCAGCUGCUCGAUCUGUCUGGGAUGCUGCCGAUAUUCAUCUUACUGCUGUCUAUGGCUUCUCUAUUAUUGAGAUCGUCAAGGACAACCUGGAGGAGAAGACUAUCCAUUUUGGUGGCAUCAAGGGUCAGGCCAUGCAGCAGCGGCACAUGUAUAUGAACUACGACAAUAUAGACGGGGACGGUCAACAAUAUGCCUGUGCCGAUGAAUUGGUCGCUCUGCAAACCAUGACCAACAUCUUGAACUACCUGAAGAUGAGCAUGGAGAAGGUGGGGUAUUGCCCACCACUACGAUUUCGAGCGUUCCAUCGAGAGCGAACCUUCGUCAGCGCUUACAGGCAUGGCGACGAGGACUCUGAAAGCGAAAACACCAAGGAGGUGUACUACCAGUUCACGGAUCAGGGUGAGGCUGCUGCUGUCGAGUCCCCUCCCGAAGCUGUUGCUACUCCCGCACCAGCAGCUGUGCCCGUUACUGUCCCUGCUGCUCCGAAGCUCAAUAAUAAGGUGAAGGAAAUGCCGCUCUCGACCUCGAUUAAGGACUUCGUUUGGGGCGAGUCGACUCUGCAAAACGAAAUUCUCGGCGAUCUGCGGCUGGAGUUCACGUCUGCUCCUGAGAAGGAUCGGCUCUUGGCACUGGCUUUUCGGGGUCACUGGGCAAGUAUAGCUCUGGCCUCGUCUCCCACGUCGUGGGUAGUAAAAUCCCUCCCUAGGAAGCCGAUGGUGCGCAGGAGCCUUGCUCUGGUUGUGGACACCCCUGGAUCAUGCACACAGUUCGAGCUCAAUCCGGCACACUUGUUGCAAUGGCCAAGGGGGGAUAUAUCGCCACUGAUUGUGGCGGAUUCUACUCACCAGAGCGACGGCUCUGGUGCACGGGAUAUAUCCAACACAACCCCUGCCGUUCGUGAAUGCGCAGAUUCAGUAACCAACCUCGAUGCCACCCUCGGGGGAGUCGGCCCUCGCCGCACUGUACGCCGGCGAGAUUACGUUGGGAAGAGGACAGUUACUCGCGCUGUGGCUCGUGCCAACAAGAAGAAGGAAAGUGGCACGCGCGUGCAGAGUACGACCUCCCUGGCCCAGAGGAAGAUGCCCGGAGGUUACAUCGGGAGCCGCGUCAAAUCAGAGCGCCCACUCCGGCGAGAAGUCAUCGAGUGCGCCAAUGGCACGGCUGCAUACAUCUGUGACUCUGAAGGGCGGCUCGUCAUCUACCGCUCCUUCACAGGGCCGGCCACCUUCCACGCCAACUCUGUGGCAAUAGCCGCUGUAGAGUACUUGCGACAGAGUGGCAUCAAGCCGACGUAUUCCGGUUCCAGUCGGGGAAACUUCCUCCAGUAUUAUUUCACCUUGCACCGGGACAAUCAGGUGAGGCCUCGCAUGUCUCUUUACUACCUCAAGCACACCGACGUGGUGCACGAGCUUGGGAAACUCCUGCAGCCAGUGGUCGCACUCGUAAACGGUAUAUUCAAGUCUCAAUUUCCUGCUCUAUAUGCGCAUUACGCGGCCACUCUCGACUACGUUCUGCGACAGGAUGCGGGCUUGGAGGCCCUAUUCUACCCUUUUACUUCAUUUGCCUUCAACGUCGGCGUUGUGGUCACUUUGCCCCACCUCGACUCCACCAACUAUGGCCCUGGCUUGUGCUGUAUUAUGCCAUACGGAACCUUCGAUCCUUCGCAAGAUUGCCGAAUUGGCAUUGCAGAACUUGGUUAUGAGAUCGAGGUGGGCCCCGGCGUGCCCGUGUUCAUCCCAUCGGCCUUGUUUACCCACUACAAUACCCUUCUCAUCUCCAAGGGGAUGCGAGGUUCUCUUGUGUUUUGGACCGGUGGCUCGAUUUUUCAGUGGGUUGAACUAGGUGGUCGGAUGGUCUCUGACCUUUCAGAAGCUGAGCGUGAGGCGUACGCCAAUGGUGUAGCCGCUCGAAUCUUAGCUGCUCUUGCGAGGUUCCCUAUGCAUAUGUAG